AUGGCGAAGGUCUUCCAAGCAGCAGAUGCAACCGAUUUGGUGACGGAUCUUCGUCGGAGCUUCGAUGCCGGAGUUACUCGCGCCUACGAGUGGAGAGUCACUCAGCUUAAAAAGCUUCUCUUAAUCUGCGAUAACCACGAGCCUGAGAUCGUCUCCGCUCUCCACGACGAUCUCGGUAAACCUGAGCUCGAAUCUUCUGUCUACGAGGUAGCUCUACUGAGAAACUCUAUCAACUUAGCACUUAAGCAGUUAAAAGACUGGAUGGCACCAGAUAAGGCUAAGACUUCUCUAACAACAUUUCCUGCAUCAGCCGAAAUUGUGUCUGAGCCUCUUGGAGUUGUGCUUGUAAUCUCGGCCUGGAAUUAUCCCUUUCUGUUGUCUAUUGAUCCUGUUAUUGGUGCGAUUUCUGCUGGGAAUGCUGUUGUCCUAAAGCCAUCAGAACUGGCUCCAGCUUCAUCCUCUCUGCUUGCAACGUUACUGGAACAGUAUCUAGAUUCUUCUGCAGUGAGAGUUGUUGAAGGGGCUGUUACUGAAACAACUCUGCUACUGGAGCAAAAGUGGGACAAAAUAUUCUACACAGGUAGUUCAAGAAUUGGGCGUCUCAUAAUGCUGGCUGCUGCAAAACAUCUCACGCCGGUUGUCCUGGAGCUUGGAGGAAAAUCUCCUGUUGUUAUAGACUCAGAUACCAAUUUGAAAAUUUCUGUCAAGCGGAUAAUUGCAGGCAAAUGGGGUUGCAACAAUGGACAGGCCUGUAUCUCUCCAGACUACAUCCUGACGACAAAAGAAUUUUCUCCAAAAGUGAUUGAUGCACUGAAGCAAGAAUUGGAGGCAUUUUAUGGGAAGAACCCUAUGGAGUCCAAAGAUAUGUCACGAAUUGUAAACUCGAAUCACUUUGAUCGCCUGUCUAAGAUGUUAGAGGAGAAGGAAGUUUCUGACAAAAUAGUCUAUGGGGGUCAAAAGAACAGAGACAUACUGAAAAUUGCUACAACGAUUUUGGUCGACGUGCCAUUAGAUUCUCUGAUCAUGAAUGAAGAAAUAUUUGGCCCUCUCCUUCCAAUCAUCACGCUCAACAACUUGGAAGAGAUUUUUGACGUGAUCCGUUCUCGACCGAAGCCACUUGCUGCAUAUUUGUUUACCCAAAACCAGAAGCUGAAAGAGAGAUUUGCCAUGACAGUUUCUGCUGGAGGCAUAGUGGUCAACGACAUAGCUGUCCAUCUUGCAGUUCCCACAUUGCCAUUUGGAGGAGUUGGUGAAAGUGAAACGGGUUCUUACCAUGGUAAGUUCUCAUUUGAUGCUUUUAGUCACAAGAAGGCUGUUCUCUACAAAAGCUUUAUAGGUGAUGCAGCAAUCAGGUAUCCACCCUACUCCAGAGGAAAGCUUAGAUUGCUUAAGGCCCUUGUCAACAGCAAUAUAGUGGAAAUAUUCAGAGUCCUUUUAGGUUUUUCUUAAAAGGUUAAAGAUACAGGAGUACACACACGCACACAUUUGUAUUUUACUUCUUUUUUUUCCUCCUGAUAUGGAAUUUGGUUAUAUGUUUUGCUGUUGAUGAAUAUUGAAA